AAAUAAUCGCGCGCUCGGGGUCUACGGAUUUGGACACACUUUUGGUAUUAUAAUACAUUAAAAAGGGUCCCAAAACCGAGAUUGCAGAUCCUCGUACUUCUCGUACGUGCCACGCUCCAUAUGAACUUUUUUUUCUAUUUUUACCGAGUCUGAAGUUAUUUUGGACUUGAAAGUCCAAAAAAAUUCCUGAAGGUACAUUUCUGCAAGUCAAACAACCUCGAAUUUUUUCAAAUUUUCUGAAUGCUUCAGCGCUCCAGAAAAAAACAUUCAAAAUUAUAAAUAUUUAUUUACGGUGGUGCAAUUUGAAACAAAGCCUGAACAUUUUUCCACUUAUUGAUGGCAUAAAAAUUGUUUCAGAUAUUUUCAGAACAAAUUUUGUCGAGUUUUAGAGCCAAAAAACCUUAUUUUUAACAAAAAGAGGUCGUAAAAAAACUUCGAAUUGAACAACAAUUUUUUUUAUAUUCAUUUUUAUGUACUCCAUAUGCCUAAAGCGUGUUCAAAUCUAACAACCUCCGUCACAUGACUAGUUAAAAAAUUCUGAACUUUACCUAUGUAUAUUUAGUGUCGUGUAAUUUUUUACAAUUUUAAAAGAAACAUCGAAAAGUAGUUGUUACAAUUUUAAAAGGUGCAUUUAGAAGAAAAUAUGGAUGGUUUCGAAGCAAGUUUAGUGGAGUGGAUGGAAGCUAAACACGCCCAAAACAAAACUGUUGUAUUAAGUACUAUACAAACUCAAGUUAAGAAACUUAGAAAAAAAUUGAACGUUGAUGUUAAUCCUGGUCCUGUCUGGCAAACAUAUUUUGAAAAUAAGUACUCUAUUAUGUCUAAAAUAUUAAGAAGCGAUAACAAGAAGAAAAUUAAUACGAAAAAUAGCACCAAAAAAAAUGAUUCAAACGACCAAUCACAGGCCGGUCCAUCGAGUAGGCAAACACCAACAUCCCCGCGCUCCACGUCUUCCCCACCUAACGUACCUUCAACCAGCCAGCAAAGUGACUCAGACAGCGAAAGAACAACGGAACAUACAGAUGAAUAUUCAAACGACCAAUCACAGGACGGUCCAUCGGGUACACAAACACCAACGUCAACGAGUAACCAAUCUUCGAUUAUCCAAUCAAGCGACUCAGUCUGUCAACAGACUACGAAAGAUUCAGUUGAUCCAGAUUCAAAGAACCAAUUACAGACCGCUGGAUCAGCUAUGAAAAUAUUCGAAGCCUUCAUGGAGACUUCGUGCCCGAACCAGUCUUCAAUCGGACAGCCAACUGAUCCAGUCCUUCAAGAGACGACAAAAAAUGAAGGUCGGCCUCUCCCGAAAUCUAGCUUUAGUGACGAAUCGAGCGAUGAUGAACAAUCAUCGCGAAAGUCUGAGCCCGAGAAUAAGCAAGCUAUCGACCAGGUCGAAGAAGGAACAUCUGUUCCAGAAACAGCUCCAGAACCGGAGAAUAAGCAAGACAUCGACCAGGUCGAAGAAGGAGCAUCUGUUCCAGAAGCGGCUCCAGAGCAUGAAUUAUCUGAGCCGAAGAAUAAGCGGUCCAUCGACCAGGUCAACGAAGGAGAAUCUAUUCCAAAAGCAGCUCCAGAGCAUAAAAUACCUGACGAAGCACUUAGACCAGCAAAGUCGCAAAAAGUCUCGGAUAAUUAUCCGGGUCCGAGAACUAUCGACACGGAUAGAGCAGCACAAGAAAUGGCUUCUUCAGAUACUGUUCAUGUGAGCUCGUUGCCUCUUCCACCAGUUCAUUAUAUAAAUCUUUAUACAGAUGAAAAUGUUCGAAGAAACAGAGCACCAAGGCCACCCCUUCCAGUUCAUGAUAAUUAUACCAUGUUUGGAAAUAUUUUUAAUGCUGAAGACCCUAUCAUUAGGCCAUUAGAAGCUCAGGGUAUUAAAAGAUUAUAUCCACAACAUUUUGACAGAAGAAGAGAGCUUAAAAAGCUAAAUCAUUCCUUAUUAGUUAAUUUCUUAGAUUUAAUUGAUAUUUUGAUGUUAUGUCCAGAAAGUUCUAAGAGAGCAGAAAAGGUGGAAGAUUUAAGUUUAUUGUUUAUUCAUAUUCAUCAUCUUUUGAAUGAGUUCAGGCCACAUCAAGCUCGGGAAACUCUUAGGGUAAUGAUGGAAAUGCAAAAACGUCAAAGAGUAGAGACAUCUAUUAGGUUUCAAAAACACUUGGAAAAGGUUCAAGAAAUUGUUCAAAAUGCACUGCAAUCUUUACCAGAUCCAUCUGAAUCAGAUUCUAAAUUGAUGGUGAAUACUGAGGCAAUGGAAGUGGACAACGAUGAAAAUACAGAUAGAAGAACUGUUGAUCCCUGCAGUCCAAGUGAUAGAAUAAUGUGCAAAGAGAUAGAUGAUAUGUUAUUAUCAAGUGGGGUAUAUUAAAAUCAUUUAAUGUUACAUU